AGUAUCAGCUGUCACUCUGCUAGUUGUAAUUCGACUAUUUCAAUUCUCCUGCAUCCUACUAUUUUUUUUGAAAAAAAAAAUUUCUCCUGCAUCUUGGGAAUUGUGCUUGGCUCGUGAUGUGAUCGAUGUGGUCACACAACGAUUGCUUUUUUUAGUUCAAUCGCGUGGUUGGACUUUUGGCAUUGCCUGGACGCCUGGUUCUUGAUCGGGUAGGCGGCGGUAGUUGCGUGGCGGACUUGAGGAGUUCGUUGACUCGAUUGGAUAGCUGGGAGAGAAAAAAAAAAUCUGCUCCUGAUAGUAAGGGGAAAAAAAUCAAAACAAAACCAGAAGAAUGUCCAGUCGCUUUGGUUCGAUUCAACAAUAAUAGUUUGAAGCAAUUGGUUCUCGAUUGUAAUGGUCGUAUGCGUGAAACCGUGCAGUUGAAUAGCUGUUCUUCUGGGCAUGCCCUGGUCAAAGCGUCAAAUGUACAAAUGUAGUAGCAUGCAAGGUGCCAACAAGUCGAGUCCUACAGAGGUCUGGUCUACUCAAUUGCCACGGUUGACUUCAAAUGGACAUGAUGCUGAUAGUGCACAUCGCACAAAGCCUGCAUUUCAACUAUUAUCACCUCGAACAAGUCAGAAUCGUGUAUUCCUCCUGCAAUAUUGCUACAGGCCGGCCAAACAAAUUGUUCAUUAUAGUGAACCCUUAUGGUGGAAAGAGAAGCGGACGGAGUAUUUUCCAGAAUGAAGUCCUCCCCCUCAUUGAAGCUUCUGGCGUGCUUUAUACGAUGCAAGAAACCAAGCAUCGCCUUCAUGCUCAAGAGAUUGCACAUUCACUUGAUCUUAGGAAGUAUGAUGGCAUCAUUUGUGUUAGUGGAGAUGGUGUGAUGGUAGAGGUUGUCAAUGGUCUCCUGCAAAGGGAAGACUGGGAAACAGCAAUAAAAGUGCCCCUUGGGAUCAUUCCAGCAGGUACUGGAAAUGGAAUGGCACGGUCUCUACUGCAUGCUGCUGGUGAACCAUUCUCUAUAUCUAAUGCUGUGUUUGCAAUCAUCAGAGGUCAUAAACGUGCACUUGAUGUUACUUCUGUUGUGCAAGGAAAGACAAGGUUCUUUAGUGUCUUAAUGCUUACAUGGGGUCUGGUGGCUGAUGUUGAUAUUGAAUCAGAGAAGUAUAGGUGGAUGGGAAGUGCUCGCCUUGACUUUUAUCUACUACUCCGCGUGCUGAACCUGCGACGGUACAAUGGGCGCAUCCUUUUUGUUCCAGCACCAGGAUAUGAAGAAGUUGGUGAUCCUGUGGAUCAAACUACCGGUUCCGAAACAAACGGGUUUAGCACGGGCAUUCAAGAAGACGUAGCAACUGACAGUAAUGGUGAAACGCGUGGCUAUGUUGGCCCGUCGGUCAAAGAAUCCGAUCUUAGAUGGAGAUCGCUGAACGGUCCGUUCGUUUCAGUCUGGCUCGGCAAUGUUCCUUUCGCCAGUGAAGAUGCCAUGGCAGCACCAAAAGCAGAGUUUGCGGAUGGCUACUUGGAUGCUGCCAUAAUCAAGGAUUGCCCACGGCGGGAUGUUGUCGGCCUUUUGUUCCAGAUGAAGGACGGCGCCUACGUGAACUCGCCAUGCGUGGAGUACUUCAAGGUGAAGGCGAUCCGGAUCGAGCCGGGCCUGCGCGUGGGCAGCAGCACCAAGGGUGGUAUCAUCGACUCGGACGGGGAGGUGCUUGCGAGGGGCGAUGAUGGGUCCCACUCCCGCGCCGGCGACGAGCCGGGGCACCUGAUGGCGUACGGCCCGCCCAUCCAGCUGACGGUGGACCAGGGGCUGGCCACCAUCUUCUCCCCGAGAUGACGAUUCUUCUCCCUGUUCUCCACUACACUACUGUCUGCGAGUAAUUUCCUUCGUUUGUAGAAUCAUGUGCUUCUACUGUAUAUGUAAAUAUACUCACACCCCACUCCAGUGGAUGAGCAAUGAGCCGAGAGGGACGGAUCCUGGAUCUCCGUCGAUAAAUUGUUUUCUUUUCACGGCCCCAGCCCACAUGGCUGCCGCUUUUAGUGCUGGCGCGAGAAAUGAGAAGUGGGCAGUUCAUAAUCUUUUUUUUUAUUGUUGGCCGUGUUGUUGAUUGUCACUUGUACAAACAGUUGGACUGUUUUCCUGCAAACUUGUGCUUCCAUCUAAAAA